AUGAGCCUGGCACUUUGGCUGCUGCUGGCUUGCCUGGCGGCGAGAGCCAAUGCAGCCGAUGUGAUUGCUGUCAGUGGCAUGAAGCAGCUGAAGGAGCUGGCGGCCAAGCACCCUUUUCUGGUCGUGGAACUGUACGCGCCGUGGUGCGGGCACUGCAAGAAGCUGGAGCCCGAAUAUGCCAAGGCGGCGGCGGCCCUGAAGGACCACGACCCACCCAUCACCCUUGCCAAGGUGGAUGCCACCGCCAAGGCCAACGAGGAUGUCAAGCAGGCGUUCAAGGUCAGCGGCUUCCCCACCCUGAAGAUCAUCAAGGGCGACGUGGGCAAGGCGCUGCCGUACGACGGCCCCCGCGACGAGGCCGGCAUCGUGCGCUACCUCAAGAAGCAGGUGCUGCCCGCCUACAGCCAGCUGACAACCGCAGAGCAGGUGGCCGCCGCCAAGGCAGACGCAGAUGUGCUGCUGCUGGCGUACAUCGCCGACGCUGCCAGCGACGACUUCAAGACGUUUGUGGAGGUGUCGGAGGCGCUGCGCAACGACAUCGACUUCAGGUUCGUCACAGACCGCUCCCUGGUGGACGGCGCCUGCACCGCCGACUGCGCCAGCCCCUUUGUGGUGAUGCACAAGCGGGACGAGGCGGAGGCGCCGCGGUACGAGGGCGACUUCUCCGCCGACCUGCUCAAGACCUGGGCCGCCGCCAAGAGCUUGCCGCUGGUCAUCAAGUUUGGCUCUCCCUCGGGCAUGAAGCACCUGCAGAAGGCGUUCAGCGGCACGCUGCCGCGUCUGAUUGCGGUGGCCAAGGAGGAAAGCGCAGAGCUGAUGGAGCAGCUGCAGCAGGCCAGCAAGGCCAACGACGACCUGUCGGUGGUGCUGGCGGUGGAGAAGGACAGCAAGCGCCUGCUCGACUACUACGGGCUCAAGGCGGGCGACGGCUUCACGCUGCUUGUGGAGGACCCCAAGGCUGCCGCCAAGUACCUCAAGGAGGGCGCCAAGGCCAGCGACGUGCCCGAGUUCAUGCGGGAGUUCCAGGCGCGCGGCGCGGGGGCUGGGUGGGGAGGGCGAGCAGCCGAGGGGGCCCUGGAGAGGUGGCUGAAGAGCGAGGAGCCUCCCGCCGACAACAACGGCCCCGUGCGGGUCGUCACUGGCAAGACGUUUGAGGCCGACGUGUUUGGCAGUGGCAAGGAUGUGUUCCUGGAGGCCUAUGCCCCCUGGUGUGGCCACUGCAAGAAGCUGGCUCCCAUUUGGGAGGAAGUUGGGAAGGAGUUCAAGGACGAUGCCGGCAUCAUGGUUGCCAAGAUCGACGCCACCACCAACGACAUCCCCUCCCCCAAGAUCAGCGUGCGGGGCUACCCCACCCUGGUGUUUGUCACUGCCAAGGGUGACGUCAUCCCCUUCAGCGGCGCCCGCGAGAAGAAGGACCUGAUCAAGUUCAUCAAGGACAAGCGCACCACCAGCGCAGACGGCGGCGCUGCGGCAGCGGAGGACGAUUUGGAGGAGGAUGACGAAGAGGCGCCCAAGGAUGAGCUUUGA